GACGGACCCACAGAAGCGGCCUCCAGUUGCUGCGGAAGGGUCAGGGCGGUUGCACACCCGGAAGAGCGUGGUGACACCGAGCCUGUCCGGCUCUGGCAGCGUGGUUUGAGGACGGGCAGUUGCGGCCUUUGAUCGCCUUCAGUGUAAUAUUUAAGCGGCUGCUUUAUAUCGGGCGGGAGGUUUGUGUCUGAUUUGACGCGGUUCGGUCUCUGUCCGGCCCUGGUUUCUAAUGACGAGUGCUCAUUGGCGCGCGCUGGGAGGUUGACCUUGGACUCCCUGCCCUUUAGGAAAGUGUUUUCAGAGAAUUGUAGAUCCCAUGGCCGUCAGGGUGCGUUCGAACCUUUCCAACUACCGGAGACGAUCGAUGCAGCAAACCACCCAAUGAUGCACCUUCGUUUGAUGCACCUUUGCAGAUGAUUGCAAAGGUUAAUUCUUGGCGAUCCUGCCUCCAGUGUUGCUGCCAAAUGAAUUAGUAAUGUGUUGUUUUUGGCGACAGGGGUCCGCUGCCAAACUGCUGUCAGCAAUUGCAAGCCUUCGCCCUCAACCCAGUUAAGAUAUGGCCGAAUCGGGAGAUGCCACCAACUCUGCCAAUGAGGCUGUGCGCGACCCAGGAGUAGCAGCCAUCAAGCUUCAAUAUCGUACUACCAAAGAUCAUUUUCAUGAAUACAUUAAUAGUGGAAGGAAUAAAAACCUAAAACUUGCUGAUAAAGAUCAUCCAAUUGAUGGAGAAGUUACUGAAGGUUCUGCAGAUUGUGAUCUUCCAGAGCACAAAGCAAAAAGAAUGAAACUGGAUGAAAACAGUGAAAAUAUUAAAAAUGAAUCUGAAAAGGAUAAUAGUGAAUCAUGUCAGAAAGAAGAGGAGCACAAACAAAUUAAUAAGAAAGCAAGGGGCCAAAAUAAAAACAGACCUCACAUGAAGCCUAAACACUAUGAACAUGAUCAAAAGUUGUGCACUUCAGUUUGCCAGGAACCUCCAAUAAAAUGUUACUUUGGUGAAAAAUGCAGAUUUUUGCAUGAUGUGUCGAAGUAUCUGGAAUCCAAGCCUUCUGAUCUUGGUGACCAUUGUCACUUAUAUGCCACCUAUGGGAGAUGUCAAUAUGGUGUUACCUGCCGGUAUGCAAAAUCCCAUAUUGGUCCAAACAACAAGAAUUUGAUUAAUGAAGAUCUUACGAAGACAUGGGAGGGAACAGUGGUUGUGAAGAAUAGUCUAAGUAAAGAUCUGCAGCAGAUCCUACGCAAAAAAAAGUUUCACUUUGACAAAUCUGAGCAAUACUUGAAACAGUUGAACAAAGGCAAUAAAUGUGAAAAUCACAGUAAUGCAGCAAAGAAAACGUUUGCUCAAUCAAAAUGUAUUGAAGAGCAAGUUAUAACUAGUAAUUCAACAGAGAUGAAGUUGCCUAUUGGCAUUUCAGAUAGAGUUAUUGAGGAAAAAGAUUCUUCUGUAGGAUCACAGGACUGUAUAAAUGCAGAAUUACCGAGUGUAUUUAAUUCAGAAAACACUUUGAAUAACGGUCAAGAACCGGAAUCAACGCAAGUGAAUGUUGAAAUAAAUGAGAUGAGCACUUUUUCUGGAACAGAUACAGACAUAGCCAAAUCUAUCAAAGAUGACAAUGAAGGGAUAAUUUCUACAAAAACUUUGGGAGUUGUGACGGAUGAAGAUAUUAUAAAAGUACGAGCCUGUGAAAAGAAACAACUGAACUUCAAAGAUAAGCUUUAUCUGGCUCCACUAACAACAUGUGGAAAUCUUCCUUUCCGUCGAAUAUGUAAAAGAUUUGGAGCUGACAUCACCUGUGGGGAGAUGGCAAUGUGUAUAAAACUUUUGCAAGGACAAUCUUCAGAAUGGGCACUGUUGAAACGACAUUACACAGAAGACCUCUUUGGAGUGCAGCUAGAGGGAGCUUUUCCUGACACCAUGACAAAAUGUGCUGAGCUUCUGAACCAGAACAUAGAUGUAGACUUUGUUGAUAUUAAUGUGGGCUGCCCAAUCGAUCUAGUAUAUCAUAAGGGGGGUGGAUGUGGUUUAAUGAAUCGUUUGAGCAAGUUGGAACAGAUUGUGAAAGGAAUGACUUCUGUGUUGGAUGUUCCUCUGACUGCAAAAUUAAGGACUGGUGUACAUGAGAAAAUAAACAUUGCGCACAAAAUAAUACCUAACCUUCGGGAUUGUGGACUUUCCCUUGUUACACUCCAUGGCAGAUCCAGAGAGCAGCGUUACACUAAGUUAUCAGAUUGGGAGUACAUUGAUCAUUGUGCUCAACUGGCUAAUCCAAUGCCACUCUUUGGAAACGGUGAUAUACUGUCAUUUGAAGAUGCCAACAGAGUGAAGGCAACUACUAGUGUCUCUGGAAUUAUGAUUGCAAGAGGGGCACUGAUUAAACCUUGGAUAUUCACCGAGAUAAAAGAGCAACGACACUGGGAUAUUUCCUCGAGAGAGAGAUUUGAAAUUCUACAGGAUUUUAGGAAUUAUGGGCUAGAGCACUGGGGAUCUGAUACACAGGGAGUGGAGAAGAGUAGAAAGUUCCUCCUGGAGUGGCUAUCAUUCUUAUGCAGGUAUAUUCCAAUAGGUCUUCUAGAACGUAUACCUCAAAAAAUCAAUGAGAGGCCUCCUUAUUAUUUAGGUAGAGAUUAUUUGGAAACUCUAAUGGCUAGUCAAAAUGUAUCUGAUUGGAUCAAAAUAAGUGAAAUGCUGUUGGGACCAGUUCCUCCUAAUUUCAGUUUCCUGCCUAAACAUAAAGCAAAUUCCUACAAGUGAAAAUGAUGCCCAACAGCAGAAGCUGCAAGAAACUUGACUCUUUUACCUGACAACUUCAAAAUUAAAUUCACAUUAUGAUUAUUUAUAAACUCAAACAAAAUGCAUAUACUGUGGAGCAGAGGGGAUGGGCAACUAGUGACAAUGUAACGGGUCUUAGACAUUGGUCUGUUGUAAAAUCUAUACUCGACAUUUUCCUUGGAAAUUUUUAAUAAAUAUUGAUAUUGCUCUUUUUCCA